UGUCGACAUCUCGCACUGUGCAGUACCAGCCAGCCAUCUUCCAUCGCCCAUCCCAUCUCAUCCCCCAUCGGCUCCCAUCGUAGCCAAGAGAAAGAGAAGCAAAGCCGUCAAGAUGGGGGAUCCUCGACAAAUGUGGGAGAAUCUGCAGAAGAAUAUCCAACGCGCUCAGCAGUCGGGAGCGAGAUUUGGAGGAGCAGGUGGAGGCGCUCCAGGCCCAAGAGGCGCAAUAGGAGCUGUGGGCGGUCUGGUCUUGCUUGUCGGCGGUGCCUGGGUGUUUAAUAAUGCCCUCUUCAACGUCGACGGAGGUCACCGCGCAAUCAAAUACACCCGCGUAGGCGGUGUUGGGACCGAGAUCUUCGCCGAAGGCACGCACAUUCGAAUCCCGUGGUUCGAAACGCCCAUCACCUACGACGUGCGCGCCAAACCCCGCAACGUCGCCUCCCUGACCGGCACCAAGGACUUGCAGAUGGUGAACAUCACCUGCCGUGUGCUCUCACGGCCGCGGAUAGAUGCGCUGCCGCAAAUCUACCGCACGCUCGGCACCGACUACGAUGAGAGGGUGCUGCCGAGUAUUGUGAACGAGGUGCUGAAGAGUGUGGUGGCGCAGUUCAAUGCGAGCCAGUUGAUCACACAGCGAGAGAACGUCAGUAGGCUGGUGCGGGAGAAUUUGAUCCGGAGAGCGGCGAGGUUCAAUAUCAUGCUUGACGAUGUUUCCAUCACGCAUCUCGCUUUCUCCCCCGAAUUCACGGCCGCCGUCGAGGCCAAGCAAGUCGCGCAGCAGGAGGCUCAGCGAGCCGCGUUCGUCGUCGACAAAGCCCGCCAGGAGAAGCAAGCGACAGUGGUGCGAGCACAGGGUGAGGCACGAUCGGCAGAACUGAUUGGUGACGCGAUCAAGAAGAGCCGGAGUUACGUGGACCUGCGAGAGUUUGAGAAUGCGAAGAACGUGGCGCAGAUUCUGCAGACGGGCAGCAACAAGGUGUACCUGGAUACGGAGGGGCUGGGGUUGAACAUCAGCCAGAUUGGGCAGGACCGCAAUAAGAAACAUUGAGGGCUUCGUGCUGGAGGGAAUGGUGACGCAUGGUGGACACCGGCGUUGAGGAAAAGCGCAGGUGCAAAUGAUCGGGAGCAAGUCUUCCCUUUUCUUUUGAGCAAGGAUGUACAAGGUAUUCAAGCACUCUACUUCGGCCGUGUGA